AUGGAAGGAGGCUACAGAGGCAUCGUUGUCGUUUUCUCUGCGUUCAUGAUCCAGUUUCUGGCGUUUGGCAACUACUCCAUCAUUGGCAUCUAUACUGUUCACCUGCUGCAUGUCUUCGAGAACGAUGCCGUGGGUGUUUCUUUAAUCAGCGCCAUUCACUCGGCGCUACUGCUGUGUUCUGGUCCCUUGGCCAGUUUCCUGAUGACCAAGAUCACAUUCAGGAAGUUGUCCAUAGCCGGAGCAGCUUUGGUCUCUCUCGGGAUCUUCUGUACACCCCUGCUGGUUUAUCUCCCAACAAUGUACUUGUUUUUUGGGGUCUUCGCUGGUCUAGGAGGAUGCCUCAUCUACCUGCCCUCUCACGUCCUGAGUGGACUGUACUACGAUAAAUACCGGAGUAUAUCUACAGGGGUGGCCACAGCAGGUCAGGGAAUGGGAGCCACCGUGAUGCCUCUGAUCGUGGGCAUGUUGAUUGAAGAAUACACAUGGAGAGGUUCCUUGAUGAUAUUAGCCGCUGUGGACAUGCAUUUGUUUAUCUUCGCACUGCUCAUGAUAGAACCUCCAGAGGACAACGACAAGCUACUUCAUCAGGAUGCAGUGUACCCAGACUGCAAGGAUACCGUCACCGAAUGUUUCUCACUAGAAUCAGCAGCAGUCAAAUCGCCCGAUUUGGAGACUGCCAGUCAGUAUCAGAAAGCAGAACCACAGUCUCCGAAUCACGAUGUGAGAACAGAAAGUCAACAACUGUACGAGGAGAGAAAUUUAAAUUCGGUUUGCGAAAGUAGCAACCGAGAAUUGACUUACUCCACAAGUCUUAAAAGGAGGGGCAGUCGAAGCAGACGAAUAGAACGAAGACCAUCAAGGUCAUCAAGACCGAGAAGUGUGUCGCUUACUUCUGUCCCUGAGGAUGACAUCUCUAGAAUAUUUAUCCCCAGCUACCUUACUUGGUUGCCAAACUUCAGAAAUUCAUUCGAUUUGUAUGGAAGUAAUGACGCCUUUGAAACAGCCAUUGUAGAAACAGAAGAGAGUCCUUUUGACGAAAAAGAGGAAGAACAACAAGAGACUCAAUGCACCGAUGUUGAAAAGGUCUCUUUAGUUAAUGACUCACAGAACUUCCCUGUUGAAAUAUCGCUGAAAGAACAUUUCAAAGACCAUCUCAGGGUAUUAGCAGAGUUCAAAUUCAUGAUUUAUUUUAUCUCCACUAUCAUCUGGAGCAUGACCACAACAAUGUUUGUCACAUUUGGCCCGGAUCUGAUCGUCAUGAAAGGUCACGAAGCUGUGAAUGCCGCUUUUGUUUUCACCUUUUAUGGUGUUGGGCAAUUGAUAGGUUGUGUCUUUAUAAGCAUCACCGGAAAUAUGCUGGGCAGGCGAAUUGUGUUGUACAUGGUUGCAAACGUGUUAACUGGUAUAUUUAUUGGAAUUGUUCCCCUAUUCAAGUCUUUUACAGAGUUGGCGAUAGUGCUAGUGUGCAUGGGGUUUGCCGUAGGAUGCAUUCUGGGCUUAUAUAUGAUUGUUUCUGUGGACAUUCUGGGCACCAAGGAUAUGGAGAUAGGUCUCGGGUACGUGUUGCUGGCUUCUGGUAUGGGAUGUUUUGCAGGACCACCACUUGGAGGUGUCUUAAGCAACGUUUACGGGGAUUACGACAAGUCUUUCUACAUGGCUGGUGGCUUUACAGUGUUUGCCGGACUCAUCAUGGUGUUUGUCUACUUACCGAAAUGUCGAAAAAAGAAGAUUAUUGUGGUACCUAGUAAUUUGUGA